AUGGAUUCGUCAUUGCGUUCCGAGACACAGUUCAAGUCAGAUUUUAGUAUUGAAAGGAUAUUGAGUCAAGACGCAGAUAGGGUACAACAGGACGAGGCGUCACCAAGCUGGUUAUGUUGUACGCGGUACAGACCACCACGUUUAGCUAGUGAUCUUGUUUCUAAACCAACGCGGUGUACGCGACUGGGAUUCGAGGUCGCACAGGAACAGCGAGCAACGCAAGUCGCGCGCGCCGCUCCGGCCGGCACGCCAGAGUUCCGUUCACCGCUGCCCAGGCGGCCGCACUCGAGGCCGCGUACAAGCGAGCGCCGUACUUGGCCCCGCCGGCCCUGCGCGCCCUCGCCGCUGCGCUCCAACUCCGCGACGACAGAAUUAAAAUCUGGUUCCAAAAUCGUCGAGCCCGUGAAAGAAGAGAAAAAUCUGGGACCAUCACUCCGCCCCAAGCCG